AUGUCUGUCAAAAGAUUUUUCUCCAUGACCAAAGCUUUGGCGCUAGCUUCCUCUGCCAGUGGGUUCAACCCCGUGUCAGCAUCUAAUACUUUAUCCAAAGCCAGAUCUUCAAAACCUAGAUCUGACUGGACCAAGGAUGAAAUUAGCCAAAUUUACAAUGCUCCAUUGAUGGAUUUGAUUUUCAACGCUCAAUUGAAACACCGUGAGUACCAAAACCCUGGUCAAGUCCAAUUAUGUACUCUUGUUAACAUUAAGCAAGGUGGAUGUACCGAAAACUGUUCUUACUGUUCUCAAUCAUCGAAACAUGAUACUGGAGUUCAAGCUCAAAAACUCGAUUUGGAUGCUGUUAUGGACAUUGCUAGAGAUGCUAAAGCGCGAGGUGGUACUAGAGUCUGCCUUGGUUCAGCCUGGAGAGAUAUGCAAGGCAGAAAGUCCGCCUUGGACAAAAUCAGUAAAAUUGUUAAACAAAUCAACGAGGAGUUAAAGUUGGAAACUUGUGUUACUCUCGGAAUGAUCAACGAAAUGCAAGCUAAAAUUUUAAAAGAAAAUGGUUUGACUGCCUACAACCACAACAUUGACACUUCAAGAGAACAUUAUCCAAACGUUGUCACCACCCGUACAUACGACGAAAGAUUAGAAACCAUCAAAAACGUCCAAAAAGCCGGUAUUAAAGCUUGUACCGGUGGUAUUCUCGGAUUGGGAGAAACCCCACAAGACCAUGUUUCGUUUUUGUACACUUUGUCGAACAUGAGUCCGCACCCAGAAUCAUUGCCAAUCAACAGAUUAGUUCCAAUCAAGGGUACUCCAAUUGUUAAAGUGUUGGAAAAUGCACCAAAGGAAAGACAAUUGGAAUUCGAUGCUAUUUUGAGAACUAUUGCUACUGCUAGAUUGAUUAUGCCUGAAUCCAUCAUUAGAUUGGCCGCCGGUCGAUACACCAUGAAGGAACACGAACAGUUCUUGUGUUUCAUGAGUGGGGUCAAUGCUAUUUUCACCGGUAAGAGAAUGUUGACUACAAUGUGUAAUGGUUGGGAUGAAGAUAUCGCCAUGUUGAAGAAAUGGGGUUUGACACCAAUGGAAAGUUUUACUAAGUAG